GUGUAUCGUUGUUGGCACGCGUUCUCUCCACGAGUUGGUCAGUGCGCGUCGAACCAGUAAGGGGGAGGUAUUACAUCUGUUAUCGUCCCUCUUUCACGGAUAUUUACGGCGUUCCUUUCAAAUUUUGUUUCCUCGAUUAUCGAAACCAUCGUGGCGCUACCCAUUUCGAAUUGUCAAACGUGCUUGCCAAGCCGAGUCACGAUUACGAAGUCACUUUCCCGCGAAUGUACAGGCGUAAGUGUCGUAUCCCGCGUAUUUGUCGCGUCAGUUCGUGAGUGUAUCGCGAGUGUCCGCCACGGGAAUAAUUAUGAGUGGUAUGUUGUCGAUGUUAUGUGUUAUCCUGAUCCUUAGCGUCACGACGACGACGGUACGCGCCGGAUUGAAAUGUGACGCUGUUAAACCUUACUUCGAGUCCCAAGGCUUUCCGGCCACUGACAUUCCCAAGGAGGCGAUUUCGUCAAAGGAGCUGAAAGUAUGCGGCAGCGUGAGAAGCGGCGGCGAGGUGUGCUGCUCCGCGGACAUGGAGGUGAGACUGCAGGCGAGGGCACGCGACAAACAUGAGAAAGCCACCAAAGAAACUCUUCAGCGGUUGCACCAGGUCCUGUCUACGAGAGGGACCAGGUUCCACAGUUUCUUUAAGGAUCUUCUCGCUAAUAGUAAAAAGGUUUUCCACGAGAUGUUUAAGAAGACUUAUGGAAUUCUCUAUGAGCAGAAUUCCUUUGUAUUCACCGACCUGUUCAAGGAACUGGAGAACUAUUAUGCCAAGGGAACGGUCGAUCUCGACGAUACCAUGGACAAUUUUUUCAAUACUCUUUAUCAGAAAAUGUUCACGGUACUGAACAGUCAGUACAACUUUGACAAUAAAUACUUGGAGUGUGUGGGAGAACAUAUGAAGGAAAUCAGACCGUUCGGCGAUGUCCCUCAGAAAUUAGGUGUGCAAAUCAAAAGGUCUUUCGUCGCGACAAGAGCCUUUAGUCAGGCUUUAACAGUGGCUGCGGAUGUCUUGAAGAGCAUGCAAUCGUUGAAACCAUCAGCCGAUUGUGCAGCUGCACUCACAAGAAUGACGGUGUGUCCGUCGUGCAGCGGGAUCACGGGUAACGUGUUAGCCUGUGGUGACAUGUGUGCCAACGUGAUGAAGGGCUGCCUUGCUCAGCAUGCGGCUCUGGAUGCUGAAUGGAAUCACUUCGUCGAGGCCGUGGACAAGGUGGCUGACCGUCUGUUGGGUCCAUUUAACAUCGAAAUGUUAGUACGACCAAUCAACCUGAAAAUCUCGGAGGCGAUCAUGAAUUUCCAAGAGAACAGCAACGACGUUUCACAAAGGGUUUUCACUGGAUGCGGACGACCUGUGUUGGGUAGACGCAGACGUCGAGACAAUCGGGAAUUGGAGCUCGAAUCAUUGAACUUUGACCAGGAAACACUAACAGACGAUCGUGCUGCUAUUUUGGAUAAAUUGGUGAAAGAGACACGGCAGAGGGUUAGAGAUUCCAGACAAUUCUGGGUUUACCUCCCCUACAAGGUUUGCAACGAUGGCCUCGUCGUCCCUCCUAGCAAUACAAAGGAAUGUUGGAACGGCACACAUGUAGAUAAAUACAUUUACCCAGUGUCGUCGAACGGAGAGGAACAAAAAUUGAAUCCAGAGGUACGAGUUACUGGAACAAGACCGACAAUAGUCAGGGACCAGGUCUUCGCAUUGACCACUAUCACAAACAGACUAAAAUCCGCGUACAAUGGACAGGACGUCGAUUGGAUAGACACAGAAGACACCGAGUGGAACGGUUCUGGAAGUGGAUCCGGAGACAGCCCGGACCAAGAUCCGAUCACGGACGACGAGGAUGGUUUCAAGGAAGGCUCUGGUUACGAACCGAAAUCUUCACCGCCAGAAACACCGAAACAGUCUCCUCCUGUCGAUCAUCCGGAAGUCGUGCCUGCCAGCAAAGACACAGAGCAGAAGACAAGUAUCAACAACAACAAUGGCACGUCCAGCGUGGACAAUGGCGCGAGCAGACAGAAAAUAUCUUUAUCUCGUGCUUUGACAACGUAUCUCGUGCCCAUAGUGGUUAUGUGGUUCGGUGGCUGCCUCACCGAGUGGCUGUGAUCAUGUGGUUUCCGAAGAGAACGAUGCAGGACGAUGUAAAUAAAUAUUCCGUUUAACGUUACGUGGCUGCACCUCAACUGGAACAGCGCUGUAACACACAGGCCAAUCGAGAAAAAAAGGAGAGAGGACGAUGAGGACUCGCUAUCCGACGACGCGUACUCUAUCCUACAUCCGUUAGGAAAAGCGUUCUUUUACUUUCUCGAUGGCAGGCAUACGGUUUUACCCUGAUUUAUUGGGGUAUUUUGCCCAAAUGGCCAUUAAUGAGGUGAACAGCUUAAAUCUUGCUGACGCCGAGUUUAGAGAGAAAGAAUGGAAUCGUUAAUGGAAGAUUAUAUCUGCAACUGAGCUUUGGGCCUUUGCACGACUGACCAGCGUGCCUUUAGGAUGGGUAGCAUGGUCGACUCUAAAAAGAUUAGAGUUAGGGAUUUAUUGUCCAGUUCCUACGUUCUUUUGCGCCACGGUAGAAUUUCUCGGGUUAGGUGGUUUAUGAUACUUUGAACCCACGGUGAUUAAUAAAUGUUGAGUAUGCUUCUCGAUUCGUUUCCUAUAGUAUGAUCGAAAGUACGAUUGAAUAUAAAUUUGUAAUUCGAAUAUCGCGGGUUUUUACCUAUUCAUAAAUAUAAAUUUUAAUUAAAUUGAAAUUAUCAAUGAGAUUACGUCGCAAUUAACAAAUUGUAAAAUAUCAAAUUUCCAAAAUGGUCAUUAAAUCCUAAAUUGAAUCAUGCCAAAUAAAACCUGACGUUAAUUACUCUACUCUCGGAAUCGAUCGUAAACUUUUGAGAUGUAGUGGCGUAGGAAGAACAGGAACUACAUCGAGGACCUAAAUGGCCUUGAACGUACAGGAAAGACACGUGGAAGCGAGUAUACGAGAAGCGCAAGGACUGACUAUCGAGCGUCGUAUUUCCUUUUCCAGCUGCCCUUCCCUGAAAACGUUUGAAAGAUUUAUGGCUCGAAGGGCGAGAGAUGUUCGAUCGCGUCAAGUUCGAAAGGAUCGCUCAGAAUGUUAGAUUUCGGCGACACACACGAAACAUUGAUGUUUGUGUUUAACGAAAUAAAAUGAAGGAGAAAAAAUAAUAAGAAGGACGAUUAAACUAUUUCGGUUUUCACGAGGAGAUAAUAUCGAUUAUUUUUUAACUCGAGAACCGUCUCUUGUUGAUCAGUGUUGUUUGAAGAAUUGUGAAUAGAGAAGAAAAGUUUGUGCUGAAUGAAAAAUUAUGAAGAUAGGACGAUGGCUGACGUAUGAUAAACGAUUCGUAUACUUUCAUUAUCUGUUACUGAUUAUCGUUAAAUAACGCAAAAUGCUCGACGAACUCGAGGGCCGAUUUUUUAAUUGUACAGAUCGGUAAAAGAAAUUUAUUUGACGAUAUUCUUUUAUAUACGAUUUUACACUUUCCUUCGACAAUUCUUUUCCUUUUUUUUUUUUUUUAUUUAUUUAAGAUAAUAUUUUAUCAUCCGCCAUUCGAAUGAAAUCGUCCUAGCAAUUGAAACUCGACGAAACGAGUCAAAGUGUAGAACGAGCGGUCGAGAAUAGGCUCCUGUGAUAAAAUUAAACAAAAAAAAGAGAAAAAAUAAAAAUGUAAUAAAAAGGUAAAAAAAGUAAACGAGUGAUGUUGGCCGCUAUCACACGCUGGCAUCGUCGAGCCUAAAACAAGAGGGCGAAAGGACAUAUUCUAUACAAAUCUAGUGAAAAUAUUCAAAUAAAUAUUAUGAAUAAUUAUUUGUAAUUAUAUUAUUAUAUAUAUAUAUUAUUAUAAUUAUUAUAAUUAUUGCAAAGUGAAAUUAAUAUAAAAAUUAUACGUUGCGUUCGGGACAAGUGGUAAGUUUAGAAAUGGAAAUUACACGGUUCUUUCCUUCUUUCCUGCUCGUCUGAGAAAAUACGAGGCUUCGCGAGACAAAGAAAGAAAGAGGAAUCUUGUGCGUGUACAGUGACUCCUAUCAAUAUUUGGACACUAUAGUAUUCUAUCCAUUACUACUCUGUACAUUUGACCAUAAUUAAAUUAACGUAUAUUUUGUUUUUUAUGAUAAUAAAGCAUAUAUUCUUCUUGACGAUAACGCAAAUUGUAUUUAUUUAAACUAAAUAAUUUGUGGCAUAACAAAUAAUAUAUUAAGAAAUGUAUUAUUUAUACGUCGAAAAAAUAUUCGAACAUUUAAUUUUCUACAAUGAUUUUACAUAAAAAAUACAUAUGUACAUAUCAUAUACAUUUUUUAAAUAUCAAUUUCCUGGAUAUCCGUUUUGUUUUAUUACAUGUCGUAAUCGAUUUGGCAUGUUUGUCAUCAUUUUUUGUGAAUAAUUUUACGUGAUGCGCGUUUUCGAUUGGAAUCAAAUCCUAUGAUUACGGUGGUGGAUGUAACGCGCGAGGGCAACUAUGUAACUGAUAUUCCUGAACUAUACCAUGAUAAAAUUUUAAUGUGUUUUCAAUGUCCAUUGCAGUUACAUUUUGUUUUAGAUUUCGUUUGGAAAUGUCUAAAUUUUUAUCUCGUUAAUAUCGUUCAUCAAGAUUGUAUCUUUUCAUAAUGUCUGUAAAUUUAAAAGACUGCCGAUCUCUCUCUCUCUCUCUCUCUCUCUCUCUCUCUCUCUCUCUUUCCUUUUUCACGGUUGAAAAUGACUGGUCGUCGCGCGUCAAAAAACGUAUCUUCGCUUUUCCGUUUCAUACUCAAAAUUUCUGACUGAUGACAAUGAUUUUCAGGUAAUAACUGAUAUUUCGAAGUACGCUCUACAUCUUGCUCAACAUAUGCUUGUGAAGUAUAUCGAAGCUGUAGAAGUGUAAUCAACAAAUAUGGAUAAAUAUUACGUGUCCAAAGAUUUUUACGAAUACUGCAUUUCCGAAUAUAUUAUUUGUUAUGCCACAAAUUAUUUAGGAAGAAUACAUGCUUUAUUAUCAGAGAAAACAAAAGAUACGUUAAUUUAAUUAUGAUCAAAUGUACAGAGUAAUAAUGGAUAAAAUACUAUAGUUUCCGAAUAUUAACGAAAGUCACUGUAUAUAGAAUCGCGUAGAAUUCUUGUUGGAUAAAAGAAAGAACGUUUAACAAGUUGAACACCACAAUCUAAACAGUGUGAAUUUCGAAUUUAUCUUGACGUGAAGAUAGUAAAUUUUCAGCUGUAAGUUAUGAUAAAAAUAUUUUUUGCAUUUAAAGCAGGGAAAUAGGAUCACGGUAAUUAUAUGAAAAUCCUAUAGAAAUAAGAAAAGAAGAGAAUCUCAAAGUAGGUUAAUUUUCAUUAAAAAUCGAAUAGAUUUCAGUUAUAAGUGUUACAUUUCUGCUGAAAGAGAAUCUUUUCGGCAGAUAUUCGUUCAAUGAUCCUCUUAAAAGUUGUAUUGAGAUUUUCUUAAGAAUUAUUUCCAAAAUUCGAACGCGUACAAGACUAAACAUUCGUUGUAGUGUUCAGUUUGUUAAAAAGAGAAGAUUUAAGGAUACGAAGACAGGGAACAGGGUUUUUUUACCGUGGAAGAAUUAUGGACCACUGAAACAACUUUCCUGAAACUAUGGGAGUUCCUCCUUACGUUCGAUAAAUAGGAGCAACCCUUGUGUUUUAACAGCUUUGUCAGAUCGACGUGAUUGCUAAAUAGUAUCUUAUAGCAUCGAGCAUGAUUCGUCUUUAACUCCCCUGAUACUAAAAUUUUAAUUACGGUAGUUUAUGAAAAUAUUAAUUAAAUCAUUUAGAAUUUCAAACCUAAAUUAUCCAUGUCUUCGGAAUAAAAUAAAUAUCAAAAAAAAAGAAAAAAAAAAAUUACAAAUUAUAGGACUUUGAACUACUCUCGGGUAAAAUAGAAAUACAUAAUUCAUGAUUACUUACACGUUUUGUUUACGUUAAAGUUACUGUAAAAGAACGAAAAUUAAAAGGUUUUAAAAUUGUGUAGGAAUAAAGUUUUACUAAGAAGAAGAUUAUGUUUCUCGACAGAUUCAUUUCGUAUCAAGGGGGUUAAAUCAACUAACGAAUAAAAUACAUUUACGUUUUUUUUUUUUACUAUUAUUCCUAGUACCGUAUUUACGUUGUUCGCCAUUGUAAAGAGUAACGAGCAGCCUAGAUUUCCGCGACGAUCGUAUUCGUCGAACCUCGAUGCAGGAUCGUUUUAAGAUUACGUGAUAUUUCUUUCUCUUUUCUAUUUUAGACUAGCCCACUGUAACCAUUUAAUCAUACUUAAUAAUCUACCAAUUUACACUAAGAAUUUAUACAUGCGACCGUAAAAAUGGAAGUGCAGAUGCGAAUGCACUUGGCCCAGCCGUUUAUGACAUUCAACGUGAAUUUUCAAUUCGAUCAUGAAUCUCUUAAAUGAUGUUCAAUCCGUACGAUGUAUUGGAAAACAAUAAAGAAGAGAAAGAACAAG